UUUCGCUGAAUUUUCUCGCAAAACCCUUGUGUGGCCCUUUCCCGCAGAAUCGAAAGUGAAGUGAUUUGUUGAAAUCUUAGAGAGAUUUCUCCUUGUCGUUCCAUUGAUGAAGCAUUUGCAGAAACUGACAACUCCAUUAAUUCUCAAAUGGGGUUAUGCUUUUAACAAUUCUAGACCCACUUUUGGUUCCUUCCAAAAGGUCAGGUUUUAUGCAACUGCUAAAAAAUCUAAAUUGAAACAAGAAAAAGAAGAAGAAUGUCAUAUACCUCGUGCAGUGAAGAAGGAAGCACAAGCUGCUUUGCUAGACUACUUGCAUUCCACUAGAAGUUUGCAGUUUAUGGAUGCUGAACAUAUGAGUAAAAACUCACCUUUUUUUCUUUCCAACUUAUUACGAAGAAUUGAUAAUGAAAAUGAUAUUAGACGUUCUUUAACUCGAUUCUUGCGAUAUCAUCCAAUCAAUGAAUUUGAACCAUUCUUUGAGAGUAUUGGUCUGAAACCUUGUCAGUACUUGCCAUUUCUUCCUAGAGAUCUCAUCUUUUUGAAUGAUGAUUAUAGGUUGCUUGAUAACUAUCACAUCUUGUGUAAUUAUGGUAUUUCAAGAAAUAAGAUAGGAUGGAUUUUUGCUGAAGCUCCAGAAGUUUUUAGAUAUGAUUCUGGAGUUCUGGACUUGAAACUUGCUUCUUUUCACGGGGUUGGGAUAGAUCAGUGUACUGUUGUCAAGCUUGUUUGUGCAAGUCCUCAUCUUUUGAUUGGGAAUGUACACAAGGAAUUUUUUCAAGUUUUUGAGGAAUUAAAGAAAACAGGAGUUGAAUAUAGUUGGAUUGAGGAGCAAUUGAAUGGAAAUUUUGUAGAUUGGAGCCACUUACUCGAGCUCAUAUGCUUCUUGAACGGGUUGGGCUUGACUGAUCAACAAUUGGGAAAGUUAAUUUGUCAAGUUCCUGGUCUUCUGUUUGAUUGUUCCGGACGUACUACAUUUUCGCUAAUUGGAUUCUGGUUGAAAUUUGGUAUUCAGAUACCCGAAUUACUUGGUGUAUUUCUACACUUCCCACAAAUUCCAAUAUCCACAUUUGUUUUCAAUAUGAGGCAAGGAUACCAGUUCUUGAUUCAAAUUGAGAUGCCUUUCUUAGAGAUUGGAAAUAUUAUUCAUUCAUACCCUACAUUGCUAGGCUCAUGUGUUUUGAAGAAAGCUACAAGCUUGCUAACUACCCUGAAUACAGGGAAGAAGCGGCUUUGUAGUGUGAUCAAGGAGAAUCCCGAAUUUUUGAGGAAUUUGGUUCGUGGAGCCAAAGUUGAACGGUUACCUAUAGCUGAGGAGGAGCUGAGAUCCAAAAUGAUGAAAACUAAGUUCCUUUUGGAUUUGGGUUUUGCUGAGAACUCGAGUGAAAUGGAGAAAGCUCUCAAAUUAUUUCGAGGGAAAGGGGUGGAGCUCCAAGAGAGGUUUGAUUGUCUGGUAAAUGCUGGUUUGAAUCGAAAGCAUGUUGCUUCAGUGCUGAAAAUAUAUCCGCAAAUACUCAAUCAAAGGAAAGAGGUACUUGAGGCAAAAAUUGAUUUUCUAUUGAAUAAAUUGGGUCUUCCACUGUCUACUUUAAUUUCGUUUCCAUCCUACCUAAACUACACAAUUCCAAGAACCACACUUAGGGUUUCAAUGUAUAAUUGGCUCAAAGAUCAAGGAAAAGUGGACCCAACAUUGUCUUUGAGCACUAUCAUAGCUUGCUCAGAGAAACUAUUCAUGAAGACUUAUGUAAAUCCUCAUCCUAAAGGCCUUGAAGUCUGGCAAGAUCUGAAAAGAGAGAUAUAUCCUGAUUGAGUGAGAUAUCGUGAGUCGUUCCAUCUGGUAGCAUUGACAAAGGGAAGUCUAAAGCUUGAAGUCUCUUUAAAGCAGUCUCCUGCUUAAGUUAAGAUGAUUACCAGUUCUAAAUGUGUUUACUUUGAGUGAAACAAAAAGGAGCAGGCAUCCAGGUGCAUUAUGGAUCAAGGUAUUAAGCUACAUGACAUGGAGUGCCAAACCCCACAGCCCACUUUAAGAACAAAAAUGCUGCAUGUAUGCAUGCUGUAAACAUUGGUCAAUGCAGGAGGAGCUGUUAAAACAUCAAGAACGAAGGAUGAAAAAAAGAAAUCAAAGCCAAGAGGUGAACAACAUCAAAGGUUCUCAGCAAAGUUCGUCUAAUCUUGUCAUUUGCUAAACAAUGGAUGGAACUCCUGGAAAAUUAAUUAUCUUGUCAUAUGCGGAAAAAGAAAACAUCAUCAGUGCACCAUCAUCACCUGCUCCAAUGGACACAGCAGGAAGCAGCAAAAGGAACAUCGAAAAUCCUGUCACAAAAAAUAAAAAGACAAGCAAGAGGCCACUUCCAAUCACAAUCAUUUUCUAGAGGUGAAGACUCCCCUUCCAAAACACUAUAACAAGUGAAAAGCCAUGUCGGCGACACCUUUGCAGUGUGAUUGAAGCCAUUUUUAUCAGUGAAAAGCCAUGUUGGCUACAGUUUGCAAUAUGAUUGAAGCCAUUUUUUGUCACUGCAGCAAGCAUUAUCAUAACGGAUCACUUUCCUUUUGCCUAUGUAAAUAGAAUGUACAUACCUAUGUCAUAAAACUUGGCUCCACCACUAAUAUAUAAUUUUAGUUGUGUCA